GAGAAAGUCGCUGCCACCAGUUUCUCGUGACGUCACCAAACAUCCGUCCAGGCGAUGACAAAAGUCGCCAGCGGGUGGCGCCAUGUACCUAUUUCACAGGACAAGCCACGUGACUCAACGCGGAAAUGGCGAAGCGAGGGGCGUGAGGAGCCGAGCUGAACUUGGGCUACUGAAAAACACACACACAAAAAAAGCUGCUUGUAAGGGCAGCUGCGUACUUGAACAACAACAUUCAGCUUUCGCUUGUGCGACGGAUUGAGACGCCGUCGCGUCGAUGGCCAGGCUGUGACACAGAGUGGCCACCUCGCUCCCGGGAUCAUGGAUGAUGCCGCCGCCGCCGCCGCCGCAAAGAUGAGGAGUGAGUGUCGACCGCGUAGCCUCCCACCUGUGGGCCGAGGCUCCGCCAAGGCGGGAGGCGUUCGCUUCUCGGAGGAAGCCCCGCUGGCCGGCGCCCCGUCCCACGUCCGCUUCGACGACAAGCUGCACGACUCUGUCGUCAUGGUGACGGCGGAGGAUGACGGCAGCUUCCUGGUGAAGUUGGGCUUCCUGAAGGCACAACACCGCUACGAAAUCGCCUUCACCCUGCCCGAGGUCCCGGCCCUCGGAAAAGACGUGUGUCUGGCGCCAACGCCGAGCCCCCACCUCCGCGUGGUCGAUGUCUCGCCUGCUCCUGAAGGAGGCCUGAAGGUGACGUGCGAGUACAUGGCUCAGCAGGAGGGCGUGUUGUGCGAGCAGGUGCAACUGUUGAGCGAGGCCAAUGAUGACGUCUGCGUCACAGUCAAAGUUCAUGCCAGGGUCAUGGACCGCCAUCACGGCACGCCCAUGUUGCUGGAGGGCGUCCGCUGCAUCGGCGUCGAGCUGGAGUACGACUCGGAACAGAGCGACUGGCAGGGCUUCGACUGACUCUCCUGAUCGCCCUGAAACACUGACAGCGGGCAGCCGGCUGGCCGGCCUCUUCUUGCCACCUUUGUCCAACGUGCCCUUGUGUUUGCGCCAUUUGGCCACGUGGGGGCAGCAGUGACCCAUCAUUUUUGUCAUCGGAACAAAUCUGCAAGUUAGUGACGAACAUUCAACCGCCUUUGACUCCUUUGGGUUUUUUUUUUCUGGAUGUAUUGUAAACCCGACCAAUUUAUCCGAAAUAUUGCACCUUGUCACAAUAUAAAACAUUUCCCAGGUGCCUUAGUGA